ACAGCAAUACUUGAUUAAUAAAAAUUGCAGGUUUCAAAAUUGUUUCUUCACCUAUAACAGGUCACAUUUCAAUGAUGUUUUGCAUUUCGACGUAAUUUUGUUUUAUUCAAUUGACAUCUUCAAUGAUAACCCGACGUCAGUCAUCCCACCCGUCCGAUCACAAGAACAGAAAUAUAUUUUCGUCGGUAGAGAACCUCCUGAAAUGUAUUCAAUUUCAGCUGUUUAUGACGGGUUUUUCAAUUACACUUUCGCAUAUAAACUAGAUUCAGAUGUCCCGUGGAGAUUUUUUGUGGUAAGAAACAAGACAGACAAUAAAGUUAUAGUACCUAAAAACGACGUAAAAUGGAUGGAUGUUAGCGAUAUGGAACCAAUCGGUGAAGAAAUUAAACGAAAAUUGCAAAGUAAAAACCAAGCUGCGAUUUGGUUGGUAUCACAUUGUCAUACAGUUAACAAUCGUGAAGAUUUUGUUGUAAAAUUAGUAACCGAAUUGGAAAGCUACAAUCUUAGUAUCAUGACAACUGGCUCCCAACGAUGUGUUUACCCCUACGAAGAGAUUACACCAUGCAGCUAUUGGAACACACCAAACGGCACCCAUUCGAAAGAAAUUUGUCAUAAAUGGAUUUCAUCGACUCAUUAUUUUUACUUGGCGUUUGAGAAUGCAAUGUGCGAAGAUUACGUAACGGAGAAAAUAUUAAUUGCCACAAAGAACUUCGCCGUACCGAUUGUGUUUGGAGGUGCAGACUAUACCAAAUUCUUGCCUCCGGGAUCGUAUAUUAAUGCUAGUGAUUUAACACCGAAGGAGCUGGCGUCAUUGAUGAACGAACUUAUUCAAGACAAAAACAAAUACUACGAGUAUUUCAAAUGGCACAGAUACUACAGUAUUCACGAUCCAACGGAAAGUGCAGAAACGGAUGGAAUGUGCGUGCUAUGUGCAUUUCUGAAUAACGCAAAAUAUGACUCUGUAUCCAGUGUAUAUACACGUCUGACUUGGUUUUAUAAGUUUUAA